GCCGGGGCUGGCUCGGGUCCCAAUGUCCCCGGGCGCCCCGCCGAGGGGCGGACACAAGGCGUACUAUAAGAGCGGCUGCGGCGCAACGCAGGGGCACUGCGGAGCCUAGGGGCGGCGGCGGCGGCGAAGCAGGAUGGAGAUCCCCGUGCCUGUGCAGCCGUCUUGGCUGCGCCGCGCCUCGGCCCCGUUGCCCGGGCGCCUCUUCGACCAGCGCUUCGGCGAGGGGCUGCUGGAGGCCGAGCUGGCUGCGCUCUGCCCCGCCUCACUGGCCCCCUACUACCUGCGCGCACCCAGCGUGGCGCUGCCUACCGCCCAGGUCCCAACGGAACCCGGGCAUUUCUCGGUGCUGCUGGACGUGAAGCACUUCUCCCCGGAGGAAAUCGCCGUCAAGGUGGUUGGCGACCACGUGGAGGUGCAUGCGCGCCACGAGGAGCGCCCGGAUGAGCAUGGAUACAUCGCGCGCGAGUUCCACCGCCGCUACCGCUUGCCGCCUGGCGUGGACCCUGCGGCCGUGACGUCCGCGCUGUCCCCAGAGGGCGUCCUGUCCAUCCAGGCUGCACCCACAACGCCACAGGCCCCACUGCCGCAGCCGCAGGCUGCUGCCAAGUAGGCGUCAUGCCUGAACCCCGGGAGCCGCCUCAGGCCCCCUCUUUUAAAGCCGACCUGACUCCACCCAGCCAGAUGUCCCGAGCGCACCCAAACCACCCACCCAGUCUGGGAUCCUACCCUGACCCUUCCCACGUAGACUCUUCCCUAGUAACUAGACCAUUCCACUGACACUCCCGUUCUCACACUCCCUCCAGCUUUCAGACUCCUGACAGCUCCCUAGCUUCCAGGCCCUACACGGACAACCCUUCAGCCUACAGUCUCCCGGCCCCACUGACCCCACUUUCUUGGCAUAUAAACCCACUCAAAACUCCCUCCUCUGCUUCCUUCUGACUCAUCUGUUAAAAUAUCUCCACGUCCCAUUUUAAUCCCUUUCCCUCUCCAACACUACAUUAUGGUGUGGACAGCCCUGCCCCCACCCUAGGCCAGUUAAGCAGAAUCCCUCUUCACCCCUCAAAUAUCCCAGACCAUCCAAGGCCUGGUCCUCAAGAUUCUGGAUCCUUCCCCUCACUCCAACUGGACAAUCUACUCCCCCCACCCAUCUUGUGACUUGAAACCCCAGCCAGCGCCCCCAUCCGAGACUUUUAAACUCUUUUUCUGACCCCCCACCCUUGGACACCUAUUCCAGGCCUAGCAGGACCCUCAACCUCAGACUGCACAGAUACCCACCCCAUCACCCCAGACUCUGCACAGAUAUCCUAAGCCCCAUCCCCAGCUCUAACCAGAACCCCAUCAUUUUGCCAUAAUCCCCUAAUCUCCAACCACAUAUCCCAGGUAAUCCACCUUUCACAUACCUCCCCUCAUUCUCCAAGAUCCAACCAAGCAGCCACUUUUGCUUUGGUGCCCCACAAUCCUUCUCCCUCCUUGAAUUUCCUGCCACCCCAGCCCCUUAUCCGUUCCCCCAAUAAAUGUGCUAGAGCUGUG